AUGAUCUCGGCCACCGAUGGCCGACAGCAUCUCCGUAUCGCCCCCAUCCUCUCCAUGCCUGAUGAAGCCGGCGGCCGACCGGCCAGGCCAUCGCGCUCGCGGCCCUGCGACACAUGCCGUCUGCGCAAGACGCGCUGCGUCAAGGAGGCGGCGCAGAGCCAGUGCGUCUUGUGCGCCUUUCACGGCCAGCGAUGCACCUUUUUGCGCGGGCCGCUGCCUCGUCAGCGUCAUCGCCAGCCGUUUCCUCGAGGCCAGCCGCCGCCGCAGCAGCAGAGUCUGGCCGUCUUGGGCGGAAACGACGACGACAUAGAUGUCGACGGCGAAUCGGAGCCGUCUACGAGCCGAACCUCGUCCGGCAAUCGCCUUGGAGGCUACGACGACAUCGACAACGGCGGUGGCGCUCUCUCGCCUCCCAAAUACGCACUGCCCCGGGCGGGCUCGUCGGUAGAUGCCAGCCUUGCAGACGUGUCUAGCUUCGCGUCGCCAGCCAAGUCCCGGCGGCGACCGAGCGAGUCGGACCAUGAUGUUGCCGACGACGACGAUGACUGGCGCAUAUCUCCGCCAGCAAUCCUCAACGACACUCUAGGCUUGGAUCCGACGACGCACGCUGAAUACGUCGGCCCAACCGACUACCGCGACCCCAUCCUGCUCGAUCUCCAUCGCCCCCCGCCUCCAUCCUCCUCGGACACCCCCCCGGACCCGGCCCCGUCCGAGCUGGCUCGCCGUCUCGACGACCAGACCAUCUUCAUCGUCCGCCCCGACGAGGCGGCGGCAUCCGAAGCCCAGCGCAUCGCCGACCUCGACGCCAUCGAAGCCACCGUCCACCCCCACGGACCGACCCUCGUCGACCUCUACUUCCGAAUCGUCCACCCCAGCUUCCCCAUUCUGCACAAGCACGUCUUCGUCAGCAAGCAUCGUCUUUCCCAUCGCCACUUUGCCCCUUCGCUCCUUGCCGCCGUCUACCUCGUCGCCCUCGACUGGCGGCUCUACGAUAGCGUCUUGGCUGGGCGCCAGGCCGAGGCCAUGCCUGACGCGGUUGCCCUUGAAAGGCUGGCCGAGCGCACCGUCAGCCAGGACAUGCGCCGGCCCAAGCUCAGCACCGUCGAGGCCGGCCUGCUGCUGCUCCAACGGCACCGCCGCGUCACCGAACCCGCCGGUGUCGCCACGUCUGGUCGUGCGUUUGCCGCGCAGAUGGUGGCCAUGGCCCAGGACCUCGGGCUCCAUCUCGAUUGCAGCUCCUGGUCCAUCCCGGUCUGGGAGGUUGGCCUACGCCGGAGGCUCGCUUGGGCUCUCUACAUGCAGGACCGCUGGGGAGCCCUUGUCCACGGCCGUCCUUUCUUCUUGCACGACGACGACUGGGACGUAAGGCCGUGUGCCGACUCCGACUUCCCCGAGCUCGAUCCCGGCCAGAGCCGCGAUGCGGCCGUCGACGUGGACGUUCGGAUGGGAUGGGAGAUAUUUGUCCGCCACAUUGAGCUGGCGCACAUGCUCACGGAAGUUGUUUCCGUCUUCUACAGCCCGAAGGCCACGCGCGUCGGGGGCACGCUGGAUCGUGUAGGGGUAACAGGCGCGCUCGAGCUGGCCCAGCCUUUUGUCCUGCACCUCCGAGAAUGGUCGUCGGCCUUGCCCGACACUCUGCGGCUCGAGAACAAGCCGCGAGGCAAGCUCUGUGCCAACGGGUCCCUGCACCUAGCCCACGUCUCGAUCGAGAUUGCCAUCCACCGCGCCCUAGUUCGGACGCUGACACCGCACACGACCGAGGCCCUCCGUAGCGCCGUCCGCUCGGCGGCGCAGGUCAAUCUGCGGGCGGCGACGGAGCUCCUGACGUCGCUGGAGCCCGAGCACACGGCGGCGUUUUGGGGCCGAGCCGCCGCCCACCAAGUGGCCCACGUCGGGUCGCUGGCCGCGCUGCUCUGGGCGACGGCGGAGACGACGGACGAGAUGGCCUGGUGCGCAGCGCGGGUCGGCGAGCUCCGGUGGGCACUCCGUGUGCGCGGCCAGGCAGCGCCGUUUGCGCGCGAGGCACUGCGUCUGCUCGAGCACGACAUUGGCGGCUUUGGCGUCGUAAGGGACGGGCCGGAGACGCUAUUGAGAUGA